UUGCCAUUGCCUGGUCUAUAAAACCCUGCAGGUUGUUACUACGCAAGACCAACUCAACUAAAAAGAUUCAAGAUUCAGUAAGUCGUUGAUAAAAACCUCACUACAUAUUUAUAAGCUCAGAGCUGUGAUUGUUAAUAGUUAAUUGAUUGUUAAAUAGUGUAUGUUUUUUAUCGCAGACAGUUGAAUUGACAACAUGAAUCCCAAAUUGGAAAGAGUGAAAGAAAUUUCAACGACAGAAUUGGGAGAAGGACCUCACUGGGAUGCGGAAACUCAAAGUUUAUAUUUGGUGGAUAUCUUUGGACAGGCGAUUCAUCGAUACGUUCCUGCUACUAGGCAACAUACUAAAGUAGUUUUAGAAAGAUCAAAAGUCCCAUCUGACGCAGCUUACAAAAGAAAAAAUUUAGUUUCGCUAGUUCUACCCGUUAAAGGACAGAAAGACAGAUUUGUCGUUGGUCUUGAUCGAGAACUACUUGCAGUGACAUGGGAUGGAGUAAGUGACAAAGUAACUAACAUAGAAAAAAUUGUCGAAGUUCAAACUGAAAAUGAACUAGUUAAUAACAGAUUUAAUGAUGGUAAAUGCGAUCCUUCUGGAAGAAUAUGGGCAGGUACUAUGGGAGAAGAACCAACAAAUGGUAAUGUUGCACCUGGAAGAGGUUCCCUAUUUUCAAUCCAAAAUGGCAAAGCAGUUAAACACUUGGGACAAUUAGGAAUAUCUAAUGGAUUGGCAUGGAAUGAGCAGCUAAAAAAGAUGUACUACAUUGAUUCGUUUAAAAGAUGUAUAGAAGAAUACGAUUUUGACAUUCAAAAUGGAACAAUUUCCAAUGGCAAAUCUAUAUUCAGUCUCGAAAAGAAUAACGUAGUAGGAUUUCCUGAUGGUAUGACUAUAGACGUUGAUGGUAAUCUGUGGGUAGCUGUUUUUGGUGGAUAUAAAGUAAUCAAAAUCGAUCCAAGAAAACCUGAAACUCUUUUGGCCACAAUUCCUAUUCCUGCAAAAGAGGUAACUUCUGUAACAUUUGGGGGACCUAAUCUUGAUGAACUAUAUGUAACAUCAGCGAACUUUACUAUUAAUGGGGAAGUGCUUCCUCCCCCAGAACAUGGAGGAACCUAUAAAGUUACAGGAUUGAACACCAAGGGUUAUGCCGGAGUGUUGGUUUCUUUUCAACUUUCUUCGCCUUUUCUGAGACUGGAAGAAAUUUCAACGACAGAAUUGGGAGAAGGACCUCACUGGGAUGCGGAAACUCAAAGCUUAUAUUUUGUGGAUCUGUUUGGACAGGCCAUACAUAGAUAUGUUCCUGCUACUAGGCAACAUACUAAAGCUGUUUUAGAUACAUUUACAGUUCUAACUGAAGCAGAUUACAGAAAUAGUUUUACUGGAGAUAGGCUGAUCCAAGGGCCCAAGCGCUCAGGGAAAAACGUGGUUUCACUAAUUCUCCCCGUUAAAGGGCAAAAAGACAGGUUUGUUGUUAGUGUUAAUCGAACACUAGUUAUAGUUACUUGGGAUGGAGUGAGUGACAUAGUAACUAACGUGGAGAAAAUUAUCGAAGUUGACACUGAAACAGAAUUAAUUAACAACAGAUUUAAUGAUGGUAAAUGUGAUCCUUCUGGAAGAAUCUGGGCAGGUACUAUAGGAGAAGAUCCUUCAAACAUCAACGUUGCAGGUUCUCUAUUUUCGAUUGAAUAUGGUAGAGCAGUUAAACACUUACGACAAGUACAAAUUUCUAAUGGUUUGGCAUGGAAUGAGCACUUACAAAAGAUGUACUAUAUUGAUACUUUUAAAAGAUCUGUAUAUGAGUUUGAUUUUGAUAUUAUAAAUGGAAGAAUUUACAAUGGACAGACUAUUUUCAAUCUAACGAAGCAUAACAUAGAAGGAUUUCCUGAUGGUAUGACUAUAGAUGUUGAUGGUAACCUGUGGGUCGCUGUUUUUAGUGGAUAUAGAGUGAUAAAAAUUGAUCCAAGACAACCAGAAACACUCUUGGACACAAUUCCUAUUCCUGCAAAACAGAUUUCAUCUGUAGCCUUUGGUGGACCUAACCUUGACGAGCUGUAUGUAACAUCAGGAACAUUUACUACUGAUGGAGAAGUACUUUCUUCACCAGAACAUGGAGGAACUUACAGAGUUACAGGAUUGAACACCAGAGGCUAUCCUGGAGUAUCUGCAGUAUUAUAAAGAUGUUUAAUUUAGUUAUUGGUGAAACGCCGCGCCGUGUAAAGGUGGUGUUUCUUUAUAUGGAAAAGUAUUAAUUAAUUUUGUAAAACAAUCUAAAUUAUGAAAAAAUAUAUAGUUUUUACAUA